GGGAGAGCUCAACUAAUUUCUUCAGUAAUUUAUGGCACAGUGAACUUUUGGAUGUCUACUUUUAUGCUACCUAAAGGGUGUAUCAGAAAAAUUGAGUCUUUGUGUUCAAGAUUUUUGUGGUCUGGGAGCAUUGAGACGCAUACAAAAGCUAAAGUAGCUUGGUCAACUUGCUGCCUACCAAUGAAUGAAGGCGGCCUUGGCUUCAAAAGAUUCUCUGUUUGGAACGCCAAGUUAUGUCUCAGAUUAAUUUGGCUCCUUUUCUCCAACAGUGGAUCCUUAUGGGUCGCUUGGCAACACCACCACCAUAAGCUGGAUUCUUAUAGCUUUUGGGAAGUUAAGCAAAAGAUUAGUGACUCUUGGUUCUGGAAGGUUUUGCUUAAGCUUAGAGGUCUCGCCCGAAAGUUCAUCAGCUGUACUAUUGGCAGUGGUACGACGGCUUGGUUUUGGCACGACAAUUGGACACCCUUUGGUUCUCUUAUCAAUCACUUGGGUGACGAGGGUCCGAGAAGCUUGCGAAUCCCGCUCAAUGCUAGGGUUAGUGAGGCUUGUAACCGGUUAGGUUGGGUUCUUGCUCCGCCACGAUCUGCUCAGGCGGUGAAUCUUCACAUCUUCUUAUCAACUAUCAAUCUUCCCAGCUCCUCUACAGCAUAUGACUUUUUUUAUUUUGAUGACAAGCCUAUUAGUAAGUAUUCCUCAAGUAAAACGUGGGAGGCUUUAAGGCCGAGAGAGUCAGCUAAGGACUGGGCAGAUUCUGUUUGGUUUAAAGGCUCUACUCCCAGGCACGCGUUCAAUUUUUGGGUUGCCAAUCUUGACAGGAUAAGCCAACCAUCUACUGUCUUCACCAGUUGGUCAGCCUUGUUAUCUUGGGCAAAGGCAGGCAGCGUUUCCUCUCCAUAUACCCUUCGGCUGCUGUUAACUCAUGCCCUUGUCUAUAAUAUAUGGAAGCAGAGAAAUAACCUCAUUCAUAACCAAGUUGAAGUUCCGCCGCUCACUAUUUUCAGAGAUAUUGACCACCAAAUCAUUAACUCUAUAACUGCCAGGAGGACUCGAUAGAAGUUCAAAAACCUCAUGGCAAUGUGGCUCCACUAGUGGAUCCAGUCUUUCCCUACUCUUAAGCUUAAAUCUGUAAAUGUUCCUUGUUUUUUAUUAUUUUUUUGGCAAGGAACAUUCCUGUUUGGUUUUCUUUUGUAACACCUAAACUUUCAUAUAUGUUAUUAACUUUUUAGCAAGAAAAAAGAAACAAACAUUUGAAUUGACAGUGAUACUAACUUGAACCUUGGACUCAAAGCCUCAUGGGCUGAAUUACAUGGAGUAUUAAUACCCAUAUCUUCUGGCCCAGUUUUAUUCAUAUG